CUUUUAUAUUAAUCAUCCCUAAAAAAAUAAUAAGAAAAAAAUUUCAAUGGCUUUUUGCCUCCUAACAAUUAUUGUAGUCACUUUUGGUCUUCUUUCUUCCUUUGGUUCUUCAUUUGAUCCAAACCCUUUUCAAGAUUUUUGUGUUGCAGCUACUGAUUCCAAUACUGCAGUGUUCGUGAAUGGAAAAUUUUGCAAAGAUCCAAAAUUGGCCACAGCAGAUGAUUUCUUUGUUACAGGACUUAACGUUAGUGGAAAUCCUUUACCAGGAUUGGGAUCGUUUGUAAAUUUAGUCGAUAUAAAUCGUCUUGCAGGACUCAACACUCUUGGAAUUUCACUUAUUCGUAUCGAUUUUGCACCAUAUGGCCUAAUUCCACCUCAUACACACCCUCGUGGCACGGAAAUUAUUGUUGUCUUAGAGGGUACGCUCUACGUUGGAUUUUUGGCUCCGGACAGUUCAAAUCCAUUAAAAACUAAAUCUUUUACAAAAAUAUUGAAUAAAGGGGAUGUAUUUGUGUUCCCACAAGGAUUAAUUCAUUUUCAAUAUAAUAUUGGAGAUACAAAUGCAAUUGUUUUUGGUGCUUUGAAUAGCCAAAAUGCUGGGCUAAUUGUGGUUGGAAGUGAAUUAUUUGGAACAAAUCCACCACUUGUGGAUGAUGUUCUUUCAAAAGCAUUUCAAUUGGACAAGAAAAUGGUGAAACAACUUCAAGGAUUGUUCUCUUAGUACGUAGCUUGGUUUGUUGGCUAUCUGAACUUUUAUCUUG